CCGUGCGGUCCGUGCUUCGUUCGUCCGUGCCGUACCGUCCGUGCCGUCCGUGCCGUUCUUCUCCGUUUUAUGCUACAGCGUGUUCGGUCGACUUUGCUUGAAACAAAGUGACGAAUGACCGCCGCGUGCUCUCAUGCUCGGCGUGAGUUUGUAGAGCUGAGCGGCUUGAUAUGGCUUGAGCUUCUCGUGUUUCCGUCGGGCUGCCUGGACCUAGAUUUUUAAACAAAAGAUUAUGUCCUACGGAAGUUACUGCUGCGUGGUCUGGUGUGCCAACAAUGGGAAAACAAAGAAGCCACAUGUCAAGUUUUUUCGAAUUCCACGUGACCCAAGGUCAAAAGCAUGGCUACAGUACGCCAGACGUCCUGAGCUCCUAGGAAAGACAGCCAAGGAGCUCUAUGAGGGGUAUCGCCUGUGUAGUGAGCAUUUCACAGCCAAGGACUUUUUGGAUCCUGGGAAGACAAGGCUGACCAAAACGGCUAUCCCUACGGUUCGGCCGCAAAUGCUUAGGCCAUCUGUAACAGCCCAAGAAGAACCGGUGGCAACAACAUGCCCCUGUGACGUUCCAUUGGAGGGAAACAGAAUGUCGCAUCCCACAGCAGCUUAUGAAAAGCCAAUAGCGGAACCAAGCCCCGGGGAUGUUCGAUUGGAGGGCAGCAGAACGUCGCCUUCAACAGCUGCUCAUGAAGGACCGAUGGUGGCACCAAGCCCCGGGAAUGUUCCAUUGGAGGGUAGUGGAACGUCACCUUUGGCAGCUGCUCAUAAACAACCGCUGGCGGCACCAAGCCCCGGUAAUGUUCCCUUGGAGGGCAGUGGAAUGUCACCUUCAACAGCUGCUCGUGAAGGGCCGAUGGCGGCACCAAGCCCAGGGAAUGUUCCAAUGGAAAGCAGCGGAACGUCACCCUUGGCAGCUGUUCAUGAAGAACCGGUGGCGACAUGUCCCUGUGACGUUCUUUUUGUGGUGAAAUUAUUGCAGCUGAAAGACUAA